CUUAAAAAUGGCGCCCGACAAUUUUCCCAUAUUGUUUUCCUUCAUCGCCGCCCUUUUAGCCGCCAUUUUGAGCUCUGCAAAUGGGUCGGAAAGAAAAGCUCAUAUUGUUUACAUGGGCGCAAUCCAAAACAGAGCAAUGGCGGAAUCGACCCACCAUUUGAAUCUUCUUCGCUCGGUAAUUGGAACCUCUUCCGUAACAGAAGGUUCUUACAUUCGUAGCUAUGGAAGAAGCUUUAAUGGAUUUGUUGCGAAACUCACCGGAGCUGAAGCAGAGCAACUCGCCGCCAUGGACGGUGUGGUCUCUGUUUUCGAAAGCAAGGUAUUCAAAACCCAAACGACAAGAUCAUGGGACUAUUUGGGAUUCCCUGCAAAACCCACAAGAAAUCUCGCCGGUGAAACUGACGUCAUAAUUGGGUCAAUCGACACGGGGAUUUGGCCGGAAUUGGAAAGCUUCAACGACGAGGGUAUAGGUCCACCGCCGGCGCGGUGGAGAGGUACAUGUGCCGGAGGAGGAAAUUUCACGUGCAACAAUAAAGUGAUCGGAGCUCGUUUUUACACCUCCAUGUCCGCCAGAGACAACGUCGGCCAUGGCUCACACACCGCCUCCACAGCCGCAGGAAAAUUAGAGAAAACGACUGGUUUUUAUGGACUUGCCGGCGGAAAUGCCAGGGGAGCAGUUCCUUCUUCGAGACUAGCGGUUUAUAAAGUUUGCAAUCCGGAUUGCUUAGAAGAGAAUAUUCUGGCGGCGUUUGACGACGCCAUCGCCGACGGCGUGGAUCUUAUCACGAUUUCAAUUGGCGGAGUCGGUGGGUUUAAUUUUGAACAUGACUCAAUGGCAAUUGGGUCUUACCACUCGAUGGCUAAAGGAAUCUUAACCGUCCAAUCCGCCGGAAAUUAUGGGCCGGUGGACGGAACAGUGGGAAGUGUAGUUCCGUGGGUAUUCACCGUCGCCGCCACCACCACAGACAGAACCAUCGUAGACAAGGUUGUUCUCGGCGACGGAAACACCGUGAAUGGGUAUUCCGUCAACACCUUCGCUCCAAACCAAAACGUUCCAUUAAUUUACGCAACAAACGCUUCCAGAAAUUGUUCAUCAAAAAAUGCAGAAAUUUGCAGCGAUGGUUGCUUGGAUCCAUUGUUGGUGAAAGGGAAGAUCGUUCAAUGUAAGGCCUUCGACGGCGCUUCCAGAGCUUUCAAUGCCGGAGCCGCCGGAGCAAUUGUUCUUAACGACAAUGCCGCCAAUGUUUCCUUCGUUCUUCCCUUCCCUGCAAUCGCUUUGAAAAUGGCGGAUUAUAAAAGUGUUGCAAAUUACGCAAUCUCUGCAACAAAUCCCAAUGUCACGAUCUUUAGAAGCGUCGCUACUAAAGAUCCUUACGCGCCGACUAUCGCCGAUUUCUCUAGCCGCGGCCCCAACAUGUGGAUGCUGGAGAUCUUGAAGCCCGACAUCGCCGCCCCCGGCGUCGAAAUCCUCGCCUCGUUUUCUCCCAUCGCGGCUCCUUCCGGCAAUGUCGGAGACAAAAGAUCUGUCGAAUUUUCGAUUCUGUCCGGCACUUCCAUGUCUUGUCCCCAUGUCGCCGGUGUCGCCGCUUAUGUAAAGAGUUUCCAUCCAAAUUGGUCGCCGGCAGCGAUCAAAUCAGCCAUCAUGACGACGGCUAAACAAAUCGUUCGUACGGAUGGAAUUUUAAUUCGUGAAUUUCUUUACGGGUCGGGUUUAAUCGAUCCAAAUCGAGCAAUCGAACCCGGGCUUGUUUAUGAAAUUUUUGAAAAAGACCACUUGAAUGUGCUGUGUGCAAAGGGGUAUGAUUCAAAGACGAUGGAAGCAUUUGCGGGAAAUGAUAGUGUUUGUUCUAAAACUUGGACGAAAUUUCUAGCUCGAGAUUUGAAUUACCCUGCAAUGGUGGCUCAUGUUCUACCGAAGAAACCGUUUGUGGUUAAGUUUCAAAGAACUGUGACUAAUGUUGGAGUUGCCAACUCAACUUAUAGAUCAAAGAUCUUGUCGUUUUCUGGAGUUAAUGUUUUGAAGUCACGGGAAAAACUUAAUGUGAGUGUUAAGCCUCAGGAACUAUGGUUUGAGCAUUUGAAUGAGAAGAAGAGUUUUGUUGUGACGGUGGUCGGAGGGGCAAUUUCAACUGAGAUUGUUUUUUCUUCGGCAUUAAUAUGGAGUGAUUUGGACCAUGAAGUUAGGAGUCCGAUUGUUGUGAUGAUCAAACCACCACUCUCUACUAUCUCAAACUAAUAUUGUGGGAUUCAAAAUA